AUGUAUUUGCAUGGGUCAUGCUAUAAGCUGGCAAAACGUUUGCGUUCCAUCGGCGAGCAUGACAUAUCUCUGCUAGAGAGUCAGGACAAGCGAAAACUCAUUCAGGAGAGGAUUCGAGAUACUCUGCAUCACGCGUACGAACGUAGUAGCUUGAGGUACAACCAGAGAGCUCGGGUGUUUUAUGCGAGGCCUGGACAAGAGGUAUUCCGCCGUAAUUUUGUCCUUAGCGACUUCGGCAAAUGCUUUAAUACCAAGUUUGCGCGCAAGUUCAUCCGAUGCCGUGUAGUGAAGCCAGUAGGAGAGAACGCAUAUGCUUUGGAGGAUCUCAACGGUCGUCCCAUUGGAGUCUACCACGCCAAAGACUUGAGGCUCUAG